AUGUACGGAUAUGUACACCAAGCGGGCUACCUCCUAGUAGGUAGGUAUUCUUCGUCAUCCUCGGCAAGCAAGACAACUCGCGUCAGUUUGGUACUUGGGGUCCGAGCUGCCAACCAAAGGGCACAGCAUCCAUCUUCUAUUGAUUCGGUACUUGACUAUAGAGAUACCUUGGUGUCUAUAUCUGAGAGCGUGCUCGAAUGGGAUGAAGCAACAAUGUUUCAUGGGGUCCACUCUGAUGAUCCCAGUCCACUGUCCACUGUUAGUGUUAGAACCGGAAGCUAUCCGUAUCUUUGUCUGCACAUCUCAGUUUGGCCGCGAUAA